GUCUCAUGGCACAGACUCGUCUCAUGGCAGAGACUCGUCUCAUGGCAGAGACUCAGGAAGAUACCAGCGAAGAAGGGACUAUUCUGAUGAGGAGCCACAAACCAGUUAUUCGUGCAGCCGAAGGCGCCCGACACGUGAGGAGGUAGUGACGCCGCCACUGCCAGGACAGGCUGCUUCGGGCUCGCUCAUGGCCACGUCUGUGGAUUUUAAGACUCAUGUAGAUCAGGCAUGUAGAGCUGCUGAGGAAUUUGUCAAUAUUUACUAUGAGACAAUGGACAAAAGAAGACGGGCACUAACCAGGCUGUAUCUGGACAAGGCCACUUUAAUAUGGAACGGAAAUGUUGUUACAGGGCUGGAAGCCCUAACUAAUUUUUUUGAGAUGUUGCCUUCUAGUGAGUUCCAAGUCAAUAUGUUAGAUUGCCAACCAGUGCAUGAGCAAGCUACUCAGGCCCAGACCACAGUUCUUGUUGUGACCAGUGGAACUGUGAAGUUUGAUGGAAACAAACAACACUACUUCAACCAGAACUUCCUGCUGACUGCCCAGUCAACUCCUAACAACACCGUGUGGAAGAUCGCAAGUGAUUGCUUCCGUUUCCAAGAUUGGGCUAGUAGUUAAAAGGGGGCAGAAGUCCAUUUUUGUUUGGUCCAUUAGUUCCAGCAACAUAAAUUUAUGUGAAGUAGUUCAUUUUAUUGUGGAAGCACUAUAAACUGAUAUGUG